AUGCCACAGUCAUCACUAUUCCGAAGCCUGGCAAGGACUUAUCCAACCCUGUCAACCAUCGUCCAAUUUCUCUGCUUAACACGAUGUCAAAAGUCCUGGAGAAACUUUUGCUCAUCAGACUCAAAACCCACACCUCCUCCAAAAUUCGACCCGAUCAACAUGGCUUCAGAACUUCUCACAGCACAUCAACUCAACUUCUAA